GUCUCUCAGUCAGUAGGCUAGGUCGCAAGAGAAAUGCACUCGAUAUACCACCGCCUGAAUACGGCUGUAACGUUCUUUGGAACGGUAGCAGCUGUGCUAUGCAUCCUUACGUCAUCAACAGAUCUACUCCAUAAGUCCAAUCCAAACAUUAAGCUAGGACUGCGGGAAGUUCGGCGCCUUGUGCAGCACCACGGCGGAAAAGACCAAGCGGUCGUGACGUUUGACGUCAACGCCGAUCUUCGCAGCGUGUUCACAUGGAACACGAAGCAGCUGUUCGUCUACGUUCAGGCGGAGUAUGAGACGCAGGAGAACCGCAUCAACGAGGUGGUGCUGUGGGACUCCAUUGUGCAGCAGAAGGACAAGGCGGUAUUCAAGCUGUCCAACCAUAAAACAAAGUACGCGUUCAUCGACCCCGGGCACAACCUGCGCGGGCGGGACGUGAACCUGACGCUGGUGUGGUGCGUCAUGCCUCGAGUGGGCCGCAUGUACACGGAGCGGCACACGGUGUCCGUCGGCAAGAUGCCUGCGACAUACAUCUAAGCGGACUGCGGAAGAAGGCGCACCCGCAGCGCGAAGCGGCUGGACAACCUGGCCAUAGCGGCUGACUGGAGCGCAGGGCGGGAGAUGCUGCAUGAAGGAAGAGCCUGGGAGACGGGGCGCUUCGGCCGGCUGCGGAGGUGGAGAGGCGAGCGGCGCUGGGUGCUGCCUAGUAGGAUGAGUCCUUGCGUGGGCAAGACAGCGCUGGGCGGCUUGGCCGGUGCCGGAAGGCCCCUGCGCGCAAACCCGUUGUGUGUCAGGACUGCGGGCUGGUAUACCUGCAUGCGACAAGGUGUGGCGCUGUGAUGGGCCACGUAGGUGGCUUGUUUGGACGGGCUGUGUGAACGGGCCUACGGAGAGCAUGGUUGCGCGACAGGGGGAAUCUUGUGUGCCGGAUGGUGAGGCGGUGGUGCAAUGACCGCGGGCGAGUACGUGAUACGCGCGCUGGAGCGGCAUGAGGAGCCACAAGCUGGAGGUCGUAUGCGGUGUGGAAUGCUGUCGCUCGACCGCGGCCUCCUGAAAGGUCUUGUAAUUAUGUUUUGCG